AUGACAGAACUGUUGCUUGAUCCAGCGAUUCGUACGUGGGUUUUUUUGCCGGUGAUAUUAAUUACAUUUCUGGUGGGAGUGUUACGUCAUUAUGUGGCUUUGAUAUUUACAAGCAGGAAGAAAUUGGAAUUGCAGCAAGUUCAAGAUAGUCAGUAUUUGAUUCGCUCACGUUUACUACGAGAAAAUGGCAAACUUUUACCGAAAGCAUCUUUUAAUAUGCGAAAGAAUUUUUUACUGAAUGAAGAAAGUGGUUAUAUAACAAAGAACCCUAUGGCUGAUCCGACAAUGAUGACGGAUAUGUUGAAGGGCAAUCUGCUCAACGUCUUACCAAUGAUUGUUAUCGGUGGUUGGAUAAAUUGGACGUUUAGUGGUUUUGUGACAACUCGAGUCCCUUUUCCUCUAACACUGCGUUUUAAACCAAUGCUUCAAAGAGGAAUAGAACUUAUAUCACUGGAUGCAGCAUGGGUAUCUUCUGCUUCGUGGUACUUCUUGAAUGUUUUCGGCUUACGGGCAAUUUAUACUCUGGUUUUGGGCGAAGAUAACGCAGCUGACCAGUCCAGAAUGAUGGAGGAGCAGAUGAAUGGCGCCGCAAUGGCUAUGCCCCAAGAUCCUAAGCAGGCCUUUAAAGCGGAGUGGGAAGCUCUCCAAGUGACGACACACCAAUUUAUCCUUAGUAAGUAA